AUGAGACAGACGGACGGAGUGGUCAUUUUGAGCGGGGACCGUCAUGAACAUGCGACAACAGUCUUUCCACCCAACGACAAGGGUGGCAAGGCGGUCAUCGAAUUUUCCACGUCGCCUUUGAAUCAGUUCUUUGAGCCGUUCGAUCGGUUCCAUAGGCAGAUUGAGGACACAGAUGUCUCAGUGUAUUCGCAUCCGUGGGGUAACUCAAAGUUUGGAAAGGUCUCUUUCGAUACUUCGGAGCCCGAUCAAUUAAAGUUGGAAUACGACCUCAUUGUUGACGGGGAAAAGGUCUGGAACUACUUGUGGGAGUACAGUAGGUAG